AUAUGGGAAACAAUAUGAAGACAACCAAUUCAAUAUCUCCUUCCUUUUUCGUCUCCCCUGAAUUCCUAAUUGGAACGCGUGCGCAGGCGUUUCCACUUCUGUCUCUCUCUCUCUCUCCCUCUCUGUUUGCCAUUUCCAUUUCUCUCUCCUCCUUGAAAACCCAAAUCAUUCACAGCUCCAAUAGUAUCUGCUGCUCCGCAACGAUGUCUUUGUGCUGCGGAGGUGGCGGAGUUCUGCUGUGGGUGGCCACAUACGUUUUUCUUCUUCUCCACCUCUGUCUCGCCGGUGCGUACGAUCCAAUGGACCCCAAUGGGAAUAUCACAAUCAAGUGGGACUUUCAGCAGUUCCGUGAUGACGGCUACACGGUGAGUGACGCUUGGCUCCUAUUCGGCUAUUCCCAAUCUAGCUUCCCCAAUCGCCGGGAGGUCAUGAUUGAUAUAUACAACUACCAGCUAUACCGUCAUAUUGAUAGUCCUGGCUGGAAGCUAGGCUGGACAUGGGGAGGGGAAGAAGUAAUAUGGGAUGCAAGAGGUGCUGAGGCUGCUGAGCAAGGGAACUGCUCUAAGUUCACAGGCAACAUCCCCCAUUGUUGUGACAAGAGUCCAGUUAUUGUGGACUUGCUUCCAGGUGCUCCAUAUAAUAUGCAAACUAAAAAUUGUUGCAAAGGUGGUGUGUUGGCUUCGUUGGCUCAGGACCAUUUGAAUUACCAUUCAUCUUUCCAAAUAAGUGUUGGGACUUCAAGUACUGGCCUUUCUCUGAAUGUUAGCGAUGCUGAAACCCCAAUGCCCUACAAUUUUAGUCUUGGUUUGCCUGGAUAUACAUGUAGUAAUGCUACUGUGGUACCCCCUACCAAGUUUCAGAAUGAUGGAGGUCGCCGCAAAACACAAGCCCUCCUAACAUGGCUGGUUAGCUGUUCAUAUUCCCAGUUCAGAGAAUCUCAAGCACCCAAGUGUUGUGUAUCUUUGUCUACUUUUUACAACGAGACGAUAGUUCCAUGUCCUACUUGUAGCUGUGGUUGUCAAGGAUCACCAGAAGCGCCAAAAUGUGCCAACGAUGGCCAACAUCCCACAUUUUUGCAGUUGCCUCAAGGUUAUGAUGAUCCUGUACCUGAUAUCGUUAUGUGCACAAGACAUAUGUGCCCAAUCCGUGUACACUGGCAUCUCAAGCUUAGUUAUAAGGAGUAUUGGAGAGUUAAAGUGACUAUCAACAACUUCAAUAUGCUGAAGAACUAUAGUGACUGGACUCUAGUGGUGCAACACCCCAAUCUGCAAAGCCUAACUCAAGUCUUCAGUUUCAACUAUAAACCUCUCAUCCAGUAUAAUACUAUUAAUGACACUGGAGUGUUCUGGGGAAUUAAGUACUACAAUGACCUGCUGCUGCAGCAAGGUGAGUUUGGGAAUGUGCAGACCGAAAUAUUGCUUAAAAAGGACCCUGCUAUUUUCACAUUUCAGGGAGGAUGGCCAUUUCCGAGGAAGAUAUCUUUCAAUGGCCAAGAAUGUGUGAUGCCGACGCCGGAUGAAUAUCCUUCCUUGCCGCGAGGUAGCACUGCUUCUCCACCUCCUGAUGGCCACCUCUGCCAUGGAUUGGCUCUGUUGGUAUCCUUCACAGUAUUUCUGUUGAUCCAGGCAAGCAUUAAUUAGUACUCGGUUUUUUUUUUUUUUGCCCAUAUUGUUUUGGUUUUGUCAAUCCUCUUGAAAAUCAGGAGUGAAAUAGUUCCUAUGUAGUAAAUCUGUUUGUCUCUGCUUUAUG